AAGAUAAGACCCCUUACUAGUACUAUGCCCCGAGCCACCACUACUGCUCCUUUCUCUCUCCUCUCUCUCUCUCAUCAGUAGUACACAGUAGCUUCUGUUCUCUUUACUUUCCUCAUACCCAACUCUCAGUUUUCCUCCAAUUUCUCAAUCCCCAUCCACAUUUUCUCGGAAAUGAAGACAAUUAUCUCCAAAGGGAAGCCCUCUUCUGUGAUUCUUACUCUUCUGAUAAUUUUAUUAUCACCAAACGCGUCACAAUCCACUUCAAAUUCAUGGGUCGGAUCCAAGUACCAGAUCGAAUGCACAAUGUGCUCCUCCUGCGACAACCCAUGUAACCCCUCCCCUCCACCACCCUCUCCGCCGCCACCGUCGGUACCAAAAUCCCCCAAUUGUCCUCCGCCGCCUUCUCCGCCAAGCUCAGGGGGGGCGUACUACUACUCCCCGCCGCCACCAUCUCAGCCCACCUACACUAACGCGCCGCCUCCGCCGAGUGGUUUCAUCGGCGGCGGUUACUAUCCUCCUGCGUACAACAAUUAUCAUACGCCACCUCCGAACCCGAUUGUUCCCUACUUCCCAUUUUACUAUCAUGUCCCACCACCUGGUGUACGCUCUGCCUCUGUUCAAUUGACAAGUUCUCUAGCUUACACGAUUGCUCUGUCUUUCGUUUCUCUCUACUUAUUUUGAAGCAAAGAUCGAAAACUCAGUUGGAAUAAGGUGGCAGAUUUGCAGAUCUACAAGCUUGAUGGUGAGAGAAAGUGAUGGUCUUGAGAAUUUUCUGAUCUCAGAAAAAUACACACAAUCCUGAUGCAUAGAAUAAGACACUACUCUGUGGAAGAUGAAAGCAAGAAUGAUAAUGAGGACUGAACUCAAGUAAUCUUUUUCUCUCUA